GACCGUAGAAAAAUAAUAUAAUACUUUAUUUACGCAAAAUCAGACCAGUUUGUUUACUCCUAGUUGUAAGUGGUGAUUUUAUUUUGAAAACCCGCCCCGGCAUUCUUCUAUUGUAGCUGAGUGGAGGCUGUGAGUGGGUUUGAUUCAGUGUUCGGAGAGGAGAGGGGGACUCCGCAUCCUGAUGGAGGGGGACUAGGUCCAGUCUGACUGACAACAGCUCUGCUGAACAGACAACAUGCCCCGGCUCCAUCUCACACGGAUGUUUCUCCCACUGUGUUUGGCUCCCACUGUUUUGUCGACCCUUCACCCUGAAUGUGAAUACAUAUUUCAACUGGAGAAAGAGGAGCGCCGCUGCCUUCAGCAUAUCACAGAACAAGGCAACAGAAGCACAGAAGGUUGUGGAGCCAUCUGGGAUGGGGUCGUGUGCUGGCCUCACACUGUCUUUGGGGACACCGUCCACAGAGGUUGUCCUGCAGUCUUCUCGCUCUUCAGAAAUAAUACAGGGACCGUGAGCCGUAACUGCACCAGCAGAGGUUGGUCCAGACCGUUCCCACCGUACCACAUCGCCUGCAGUGUAGAUGAUGACAUCCCUGAGACCGAGCAGUCGUACUUUGCCACCGUGAAGCUGAUAUACACCAUUGGGUACAGCAUCUCUCUCGUGGUUUUAACUAUUGCCGUGCUCGUCCUGUUGCUUUUCAGGAGGCUGCGGUGUGCCAGAAACUUUAUUCACAUCCAGCUCUUCAUUACUUUCAUCCUAAAAGCUGUGGCAGUGUUCAUAAAAGAUGCCACUCUGUUCUCAAGUGACGACACCAACCACUGCACCCUCUCCACAUUUGCCUGUAAAGCCUCUGUCAUUUUCUGUCAUUACUGUGCAAUGGCCAAUUUCUUCUGGCUCCUGGUGGAGGCGCUCUACCUCAAUUCCCUGCUGCUCUCCUUCUAUCACAGCCGUCGGUGUUUGUGGGGCUUCAGCUUAUUGGGAUGGGGUAUUCCCAUAUUCUUCAUUGUCCUGUGGAUUGGAUCCAGGGUGUAUUUUGAGGACACCGAAUGUUGGGACAUCAAUGAGGAAUCUCAUUUUUGGUGGAUCAUCAAGGGUCCAAUUGUUGUGUCCAUCGCGGUCAAUUUUAUGCUCUUCAUGAACAUCAUCCGAAUACUAAUACAGAAGCUCAAUCCUCGACUGAUCCAGUUCAAUAACUCGUCUCAGUACAGACGCCUGACUAAGUCCACCCUCCUCCUAAUCCCUUUGUUCGGCACUCACUACAUGUUCUUCAAUUUUCUGCCCGACUACUUCAGUGUUAACCUGCGCUUCUGUAUCGAGCUCUGUUUGGGAUCCUUCCAGGGGCUUCUUGUGGCUGUGCUCUACUGCUUUCUCAAUCAAGAGGUCCAGAAGGAGAUCCACAUGCAGUGGCUGAGGUGGCAGGAGAGGAGCUACGGGGUGGUGUCUCCUGCAGCCAAAUGCAGCCAGAUGGAUACGCCAUUUUAGUUCGACACACUGACAAACCGUCGCCUUCACAGCUGUACACCUCAUCUUUACUAUUGAGCUGCGCAGCACACACAGACCAGUGGCUGUCAGUUCAGUUCAUUGAAUUUACCAAACAUUAAUGGCAUAGCAAUUUACCAAAGCAUGCAAUUACAAAUGUGUGAAUCCAUUUACAAGCAUCACAGGUUAAUACUUUACUACUUAACUUUUGAUUCAGCAACUCUGAACCAUCAUAGUCAGAGUCUGUAAGUUUUCAUUUUAACAUUUGUGGCAGAUUGUUUCACUGACUGGACAAAUUGAGACGUAAAUACAUAAUGAAAUAUGUAACAGAUACGUGAAAUGAGCAUUGAUUUUCCCUGUUAAAAUAGAAGAAAUUUUGCAGAACACACACAAAGAUGAAAAAACCUCCAACAUUUCUAGAAAUAACAUAAAAAGCCUUCAGAGACCUUUUUUUGACAGUCAAGAGUCAUUAAAACAGAUCUACGACCGAGAGCUCAUUUACUUGAGCUUAAAACUCCAAUAACUGAGUAAUUUGAUAAUUGCUCUAA